AUCUAAGUAUCCCGUCUUUAUCACAGCAACGUCAAAAAACUUAAGUAGGUAGGUCGGUAAAUGAACCUCUUAUCUACCAACAACACGCCGUAGAUUAAAUACUUGAUACAUCGCUCCAACCCAACCAGUUAUUCAACGGCCCCCGCGUUGAACGUACUGCCGCGCUUCUUCACUUCCAACCGUAAAAUGUAUCAAAAUGGUCGUUUCUAAACUCGAAAAAUGCCUUCGUAACUGUAAAGUGACAGAGACUAUAGCGUUAUUCGUCGAACCUAAUCAUCCUAAGCGGUUUUUUAAAUACAGUUGACCAAAGUUUUACGUUCCGCCGUUUGGAACACUUUGAAACUUGAUAUUGGACAUUUGAAGUUCGAAAUUUGAAAUUGACUCAAUAAUGGCGAGUAAUAAAUACACGCGUGUUCAUUCGUACGGAAGCAUGAGCUCAAGAAGUGACGACGAUAUGGUGGUGCAUUCGCAACUCUACCCUUAUCCGAAGAAGAUGGUGGUGCAGCGGGAGAUUUUGUAUGAAGAGGAGCAUCCUCCGUUCCAACCUUUAAUAGCCACUGAGAGGUGUUUUGGAAAGACUCGUUUUACUUUCCUGCUGCUGAGUUACGUGGCGUUCUACUUCGUCUAUCUGAUUUCUGGCGCAUUGGUGUUUUCGGCUUUGGAAGCACCCAUGGAAAACCAGGUGCGGUUGGACGUGAUCAGAGCGAAGCAGGAUUUUAUGAUGCGGCAUCCGAAUAUUUUAGCUGAUGACCUGGAAUCGCUGAUAGAAGUGGUGGUGCGAGCCACCAACCAGGGCGUGCCGGCGGCGCAGAACGUGAGCGGCGGACCCAACUGGAGCUUCGGACAAUCGCUGUUCUUCUCUUCUACUGUCAUUACUACUAUUGGCUACGGCCACGUGACCCCCCUCUCCAAGAUGGGCAAGCUGUUCUGCAUGCUAUACGCAGUGCUGGGUAUCCCCCUGACUCUGAUCCUGCUGUCUGCGCUAGUGGAGCGACUGCUGCUGCCGGCCACGGCUCUGCUGCGGACCCUUAACGCAGAGCUUGGGCACCUCUACAGGCCCUUUACUAUACGGCUGGUGCACCUUUCGAUUAUUGUGACGUUCCUGGUGGUGUUCUUCCUCGUCAUUCCAGCCGCGAUCUUCGCCUCCCUUGAGCCGGGCUGGGACUACCUGGACUCGUUUUAUUACUGCUUCAUUUCGCUGACCACCAUAGGACUGGGCGACUACAUUCCUGGAGACUCGCCUGGGCAGGAGUACCGCCCCUUGUACAAAGUGGCUACUACUUUCUUCCUACUCGCCGGGCUGACCUUCCUCAUGCUGACACUAACCGUUUUCUACGACAUCCCGCAACUGAACCUCAGCACCGUCUUCUCCACCGUGAAACUGGACGAGGAUCCGGAGAAGAUGCGUCUCAGCGGCUCCGGCGUCAUGGGCCCCGGCUACGGCAUCGGCGGCCUCGUCAUGAGGGAUGAUUACAACCACCACGACCAGCGCCGGUCCGUCGUACACAUUCGGCCACAUUUGGAUGACAGUCCCAGCCCUGAGGACACCACGCCUGUCCAUGCCAGGGAUAUGAGGGUGCCUCACGUCCAUUAAGCGGUUACGUUGGACUGCCUGGCAAAAUGAUUUACAAAUAUAU